AUGAAAGAAUGGAUGGGAAAUAGAUACAAUAAACGGGAAGAGGAUUUCCCAUCACUUAAGGACUACAAUGACUACUUGGAAGAAGUGGAGUGCAUGGUAUUCGAUUUGGUAGAUGGAAUAAAUGUUGAGGCAAUUGAAGAGAAAAUUAAGAGAUACUCUCACGAGAAUGCUGAACAAAUAAUGGUUAAUCGAGCCCGCAAGGCUGAAGAAUUAACUGCCGCGUUGGCAGCUUGCAAGGCUCAACCCGCACAAACCGAUGCUGAUGCGUCGUCAAACCACGGUAUUACGAGUGGAAUUGCAUACGGUCAGGCUCCACGACCGACGGGAAUGGGCCCACAGCCUGUACCUAUAGGAGGAGGAGCAGAUCAUCAACGUUACUCUACGGAAGACGAAGCCUUGAUGAGGCUCAAAGCAGAGAGAGCUCCAAGGGCUGGAGGAUUUUCUUUAGAAAUAAGCAAGAAGAGGGCUUUCGAAGAAGCAUUUGCAAGCAUUUGGGUUUGA